UACAGCACGAGAUUCGCACGCCAGCCCUGGAGAUCAUUUUGCUGUCUGUAUGGAUGCUAUGAAUACUGAUUGGCUAUUUCAUACACACGCCUUGGAUUCAGAAGCUGGCCUUACUGAUGGACAUGUGCUGGUGCCUUGUCAAAGCCAACCGGCGUAUGCAAGGAGGGCCCGCCCGUUGUGAUCAUCAAUAGUAACGGACGUGGGCUCAAUAAUCUAACACCCGUGAUUGGAGCUGACAUGCAAGAUGAUCAGUGAUCAUCUUUGCGGUGCUCACGCAGAUCGCGAAUAUCUAUAUCUAUCUCAAGCCACCCGCCAGUUGAUACUAUGCAAAUCACGCAUUGAUCUCCCUAUCAUCCUCCACAACGCUUCAUCAAGCGAUUUAUGGAGCUGUAUUCCACACCACAAAGCAUAUCGAGCUGAUCAACAUUCCACAUAUCCCAUUUGCACCGAAGAUUGGCUGUAGUCCAGCCACAACCGCCCCCAUCAUCACCGAUGACCUUCCAUCCCUACAUUCCCGGACGACAUGCCAUGCCCAGCGAUGGCAUUUCCACGCCGCUAUCCUUGACUUCAAUUGGAUGAGCGGUUACCAUGGCAUUUCUUCCAUCGGUUCAUCCACUCUGUUGACGUUGCCUAGCGCUGCGUUGUGAGGGGCUUUCGCAUAGUCCAGCCUGGUGAGACAGCAACCAGAUACGGCGAGUUAUGAGCUUGUCUCGCCUUUUCCAGCCUUUAUUAGCCAGAUUGGGAAUUCCACACCAGACUCCUACUAUUUGAAAUCUCAUCUCAGACUCAGCACAGAUAAUCGUGCGGUCACUGCCAUCAUCCAUCGAUUCACUUGGAAAACAAUCGUGCUGUUGUGGUUGUGAGCCUUGUCAUCGGCCUGUCAAGGGGCAUCAUCGUCAAUUCAUUUCUUGCCAACACUUCAACACUCGGUUUCGACUCGACCCCAAGGAUCAAAACAAACCACUCCGUCGAGUGCACAACCUAGUGCAUUUUCGACAUUGGGUUAAACUUCAGCUAAUCACACCUUACGCCCUACACAACACUUUACACACCCUACGAUGGCUUUGGUUCGGGACCCAUAUUUCUGGAAACGUUUCUCCACAGCGGUCCACCAGGAAGAGGAGGCGAAGAGCGAUCUCGAAUCCGCCGCUUCACCUAUUAAGGAAAAAGACUCAUGGCUUGAACGUGAACGCCGCAAGCGCAAGCGCUCGCUAAUUUGGGGAUUCGUCAUCUUCUUCGGGGUCAUCCUGUUGGUCACCGGCGGCGUGAUCGUCUGGUGGCUGGCCAAGCACAACUGGUUGCAAAAGGUCGAACCUUGAGUCACAUUACCAAUGUCCGAGGAGG